AUGUUGAGGUCUCUCGUUGGUCUAAAACUCUUAGGGAACAACCUCACGGGUUCAAUCCCUCCAUCUACAGGGAACUUGGUCAACUUAACCACUCUGUACUUGUAUGACAACCAACUUUCCGGAUCAAUCCCUCAAGAAGUUGGGAUGCUGAGAUCAAUCCCUCAAGAAGUUGGGAUGCUGAGGUCUCUCAUUGAUCUCGAACUCUCAGGGAACAACCUCACGGGUUCAAUCCCUACAUCUAUAGGGAACUUUUGCAACUUAACCACUCUAUACCUUUAUGACAACCAACUUUCCGGAUUAAUCCCUUAA